CAAAGUUCACUGGAACACAAGCUGCUGAUAGCAGUUGUUCCAUCGUCAGGGCGUGGAUUGUCCCCAGAAAAGGCACCUGUUUCAUGGGGAGGGAGAGAGUGGCACUCGGAACGCAGUCAGAUUCCCGAGAAGUGACCACAGUGCCCGAGAGGUGACCGACCAUGUCGCAAACUGCCGAAGAUGCCCUGGAGCUGUCCAAAUCCGCUGUGGAGGCCGCACAGGCAGCGGUGGACAUCAUUGAAUCAGCGGAGAAGUUUGCCUCCGCACUCGGGGUGUUGGGCCCCAUCAUUGGGGUGGCCGCAGCCAUUGUUAAACUCGCCCUGGGCAAUGUGGACAGCCCGGAGCUGGCCUUCAUGAAGGAGCAGUUCCAGAUCGUCAGGAACCAGCUGGAUGUCAUCUCGGGGCAGAUUUCGGAAGUCCUGCGGGAGAUCGAGAGAAGCACGAUGGACAACCAGUACUUCCCCAUUGAGGAAAACAUCAAGAACCAGUUCAGAAAGUACAUCAACAUCCUUGACGCAGCGCCGGAGUUCCGACAGAAGGAGAAGGAAGAGUUCCUCAAACACUUCAACGCGACCAAGGGAGACCAGAACCUCCAUACUCUCUAUGAUGGGGUGAUGGGGAACACCGGCGCCUUUGGCAAAUCCAUCCUGGACACCGCCAUGAACUGUGACCAGAGGAACCGGCGCCUGAUGGAGGGGAUCUGCGCCCGACUGAAGAACCUCUUCUGUAUCGGUCUGAUCGCCCUUCUGGGACACGCUGGCAUCACUGGGAACGAUGUAAAGGCGCUGGAGGCGGAAUGGAACCAGAAACUGGCUGAAAUCGAGGGCAAAAUGAAAUCCAUGGUCGAUCGGUGCAUCCAUGAGUUUGCGGAGCAGGCGGAGAUAGAUGUGAAGAAAUGGAUAGAGCAGAAGGGCGGGAGAGAUAACAGGGAAUGCUCGUCGUACGUCCGGGAUAAAUUGGGAAAGAAAUAUGAUUGGGUCAGUUGGUCGGUGCGGGUCUAUGAUCCCGUCCACAGGUAUGAAAAUCACUGCGUCUGUGGCCCUAACCGCUUUCACUUCUUCAGGCUCAAUAAUGUUAAUAUUGUUGUCUCCUACACCACCGACCCAAAGCCAGUUGACGAGAGCCGCCUCAACCAUUUAAUGAACGGGAAGGACGGCUGGAAAGAUCCACUAAAGGUGGCGGAACAUAUCUCCCAGAACCUCUCCGGUGGGCAUGUUGUCCACACAGUGAGACGGUACAAAGGUCUGUGGGGCGCCUGGAACUUCCCCGAUGGAUGUCAUUACUGGAAGAACUACAGUGGUGUCACCCUGUGCGUCCACCCAGUAUAAACUCCCACUGUCCCGGGACACUCCUUGUAACCCCCCCCCCCCCCCACCACUGACCCCACGGAGCCCCCAGUAUCACCAACACCCUCCGGUACCUCCCCACCCCUCUUCCCCCUUCACCAUUCGGCCCUGGGGCCCGAUCCCCGGAGCCAGGACACCCCUGACUCUGGUCCCGGAGACGCUUCCUUUCUGCGCUGCCGCCAACGCUGUGAAACCCCGGGUUAGUCGGCCUGACGCUGCCGCCUCCCCGCGCCCACCCUGGACCGAAUGUACCCCCCGUGUCACUCUAUAAGGCUCGGGCUGUGCAGUCCUCAGCUCCCCCACCCCACCCUCUCUGUGCCCUCAGCAUCAGACCCACCCCGCCUGGGUCCGGGGGUCUCCGCUCACGGUGAGGCGAACGCUCCCACCUUCACUGUCAGUGAGGAGGGGAGAGCGGAUACAGCUCCCAAAUCCGGCCCGAGGACAGGGCUCCCCCGGAAACCCGCACACCUCUCCCCUACAUGUUGUCACAGGGGAGGUCAGAGCACAGUCCGAGCCCACGGCGACGGGGCUGAUGAAGGCGGGCUGGCCCGUGUCUGCCACAGCCGGCUACUGACGGACAGAUCAAGGUCCUGUCCACAGCUUCUCUCCCCAGAUAUUCACCCUGUUCCCACCAACGCAUCUCCAAAGCCCCACAUCCCGAGGGGGUGCGGGGUUUAACGCUGUGGUGCGGGAGGAGGGAGGAACACUCCGCAGACCCACACUGGAGAAGCGGGGACAGGCUGUAAGUCUGUCAGGCCGGGGACCACCUUCCCCGCCAGAGGGGGAUUCACUUGUUGUUUGUUUCCGCCGGAAUCUGAUCUCUGCCGCUUGCUCAGUCUGUAACCACGGAACAGCCACAAUCGGAUAUCCUGCAAGCUUUGCGAGUAAUUGGUGUGGUUGCUGGGUUUUGAUUAAAAUGCUUGCUUGGGACUGUGGGAACGAAGCUGGUUGUUCGUGUGCUCGGGAAUGUGCUGAAUAAACGUAUGAAAGGCUCAACGUCUGGUAACUGUUCCUCACACGCUGAUGCCGGUCAUGAACACCAUGGGGACGACCAGGCAUCGAGGCUGCAUCGUUGUUAUCCACAGUCAUCGAGGCAGAGAACAUGGAACAGUACAGCAGAGGCCCUUCGACCCGCCAUAAUUAAACUAAGAACACCCAACUGAACGAAUCCUUUCUGCCUGCACAUGGCCCCGACCCUUCCAUUCUCUGAAUGUUCAUGUGCCUAACAUCCUCAAACCCCUCCAUAGUAUCUGCCUCCACCCCCACCCCAGGUACCCACCGCUCUCUGUGUAAAAACCUGCCCCACACAUCUUCUUUGAACUUUCCCCCCUCACCUUAAAUACAUGUCACCGAAAACAGUUAUCAGGAUUUACAGAGGGUCCUUGAUCAGCUGGGUCAGUGGGCUGAGAAAUGGUAAAUGGAGUUUAAUUCAAAUAAGUGUGAGGUGUUGCAUUUUAGGAAGGCAAAUGAGGGUAGGACAUUCACAGUGAACGGUAGGGCCCCUGGGAGUGUUAUAGAACAGAGGGACCUAGGAGUACAGGUACAUGGUUCCAUGAGGGUGGUGUCACAGGUAGACAGGGUGGUGAAGAAGGUAUUUGGCUCGCUGGCCUUCACCAGUCAGGCACUGAGUACAGGAGUUGGGAUGUUAUGUUGCAGAUGUACAAGAGGUUGGUGAGGCUGCAGUUGGAAUAUUGUGUUUAGUUUUGGUCACCCUGCAAUAGCAAAGAUGCCAUUAAGCAGGAGAGCGUGCAGAGGAGAUUGAUGAGGAUGUUACAGGGACUCAGUGGACUGGGUUAUGGAGAGAGGGUGAGCAGGUUGGGACUUUAUUCAUUGGAGCGUAGGAGAACGAGGGGUGGUCUUAUAGAGGUACAUAGAAGAGUACAGCACAGUACGGGCCCUUCGGCCCACUAUGUUGUGCCGACCUAUGUAAACCAACUCCACAAUCAACCUAACCCACCUACACAGCCCAUAACCUUCCAUUUGUCUGACAUCCAUGUGCCUAUAUAAGAGUCUUUUAAAUGUCCCUGUUGUAUUAGCCUCUACCACCACCCUUGGCAGUGUGUUCCAGGAACCCAUCACUCUUUGUGUGUAUAUUAAGAAGAACCUACCUCUGACAUUGCCCCUAAACUUUCCUCCACUCACCUUAAAUUGAUAUCCUCUGGUAUUGGCCAUUGCUGCCCUGGGGAAAAGGUGCUGGCUGUUCACUAUCUAUGCUCCUCAUAAUCUUACACACGUCUGUCAAGUCACCUCUCAUCCUCCUCUCCAAAGAGAAAAGCCCCAGUUCACUCAACCUAUCCUCAUAAGACAUGCUCUCCAAUCCAGGCAGCAUCCUGGUAAAUCUCCUCUGCACCCUCUCUAAAGCUUCUACAUCCUUCCUAUAAUGAGGUGACCAGAACUGAACACAAUACCCCAAGUGUGGUCUAACCAGAGUUCUAUAGAGCUGCAACAUUACCUUGAAGCUCUUAAAUUCGAUCCCAUGACUAAAAUCAUGCAGGGCAUAGAUACACACAGCACAUAGUUUUUUCCCAAAGUUGGGAAUCAAGAACUAGAGGGCAUAGUUUAAGCUGCGAGGGGAGAGAUUUAAUAGGAACCUAAGGGACAACUUUUUCCCCAGAGAGAGGUCAGAAGAUCUCCCCUCAGUCUCCUGCACUCCAGGAAAUAAAGUCCUAACCUAUUGUGGGAGAAACGUGAAAGAAAAUUGAGAAUGUUCUCGAAUUUCUGCAGGAGGGGAGCUAGAGGGUAACCUUUUGUUCUGCUGAUAACUAAGGAUUUAGGUGAUGAAAUUUGCCUCAGGCUUCUGUGUCCUGUCUGUCACAUCCCAGCAGGAUGUGGCGAUAUAAUUGUACUCUGUUCCUUAAAAGUGCUAGACUGAAGCCAUGAUUGCUCACUUCUGCUAUUUGUGCUUGGAUGCUCUUAGUCACGUACGCUUGUAAGAUAAAUGAAGGUUGUAAUCUCUUGGUGGGGCAGAGCUGCAGAACUCCACUUUUAGGAGUCUGAGCUCUCCAUGAUAUCAUGCUACAAUAAAGAUUUAUGAAGCAGA